GUUUCAGUCUUAAGCUUUUGAGCACCAUGGCCAUGGCUCCAAAGAGGAGCGCAUCUCACCGGCUAAUUUUGCCUUGCGUUCUCAUUUGGCUCUUCCACUUUGAAGCGACCUUCAGCAUUCUGGAGGGCAUCCAAAAAGCUGCCCAAGCCCAGCGCAUCAGCCCUGAGAAAUUCUUAGAAAAUGUGAGCGGCAAUGCGGGGGCUUACCAAGAGAGCAAUAAGAUUGCGGGGCGUGUCGAUUUCAUGAACUCGUUGAAGGAGGCUAUGAGAACGAAAGGCUUGCACCUCGUCAUCAGUGGUGGAUCCCUCGGCACGACGAAGAUUUUAAAGACCAUGGUUGACCAAGCUGGCGACGCUGCAUUGCUCUACGUCGACAUGCGUCUCCCGCCCGUGCCCAGCUCGGGAGACGUAUUGCAAUGCCUGCAAGCAGAAGCCAAACGACGAUGGAACGCGAAGAAUGUGCCUUCUUGGUUCCCCGAUGCCAUGUCGGUGCUUGGUGCUGUGUCUGCAGGAGCGGCACAGGCUGUUUCUGCCCUGUUAAAUAUCAAAUCACCUGAAGACUUUGUCACUGCCUUUGGUGAUGCAGCAGUGGCUGGUGGACAAGUUCCUGUCAUCAUGAUUGACGAAGCGAACUUGGCGUUCCCCACACAUGGUGAGAAUGGCAGCGAAAACGCUGCCAAGAGAGAAGCCGCCUCCAAGGCGCUCGCCACCCUCGUAGCAUUGACAAAGAAGGUCAGCGUGAUUCUCAUCGCGUCUGACUAUGCCUUCUCACUGGGUCUGCAGGGACUGCGCUUCAACAAGUACGGCUCUCUCAAGUCGAUUGUGUGUCCAGAGGUGGAAGAGGAGCCCAUGCUGGAAGUGCUCAAAGAGUGGGGUUUGUCUCAAGACCUGGCGAAGGAGUUCUACAAGAACUUUGGUGGAAACAUCUUUCUAUGCCACCAAGCCAUUGACAAACUUCAGGAGCAGUUUAGGAUGGGUGAGGAAAACCUCUUCCACCCCUUCAACGUCCGAGGCGGCAAUGCCUGCGGUGACCUCGUGGGCGACCCGCUCACUCGGAAGCACAUGGUGAACUUGGCUGAGAAAGGAUGGUCAGCAAUAGAGGAUGGCACUGCAACAGAGGAGACGGAGAGCCAGAGAGGCGCCCGAGUCAUCGCCAAGAGGAACUUCGGCGCCAUCAUCGAGAGAGAAGCGCCUACUUUCUUGGACCCAGCCUUGAAGGCAGCGAUGUUCAGAGACCCCAAUGUUGGGCGGGUUCUCCUUUCGCCGACCACCUACGCUCGGAAGUGCAUCCAAAGGAUGGUGGAGACUAUGAAGUCAAGCAGACCUCAACAAGCCGGAGCGGUGUGGGUGAGGCAGCUGCAGCAGGACGGCAAGGACUUUGAGAUCGUCGGCAACGCGUUUCAGGUCAAAGGUGUUUUGACAAACGUGAAUGACCUCAAGACAGCCAUCAAGAAGAAGCAGGAGAAGCCAAAUCGAGUGAUGUGCGAUGCAGAUGAAAUUGACCUCUACAGCCAGAAGGACGGCCGCUGGGUGAAAGAAGAGAAGAUGUCAGCAAGUCUCCGUGAGACAGACAAGGCAGAUUGCUACGGAUUUGUGCUGCCAGCUGUACCCAUUUCUGCAUAG